AUGGUCCCUGUGGGAAUGUGUCUCCUCUAUGACUUAAAAUCAAGAGAGAUAGGCAGGAUCUUGUGCAUACCUUGGGAAGAAGGGAUGACAGUGGGUAAAACAGAUGUUCUUUGUGCCACUCACCUAUUCCAGAAGUCUCAGAUUCUGUGGGUUUUUUUUUUUCCCCCUUCAGGAUCCACUAUUGCCCAGAAGGUCACUCAAGCCCAACCAGCAAUGUUAGUGCAGGAGAAGGGGACUGUCAUUCUGGAAUGCACAUAUAACACCAAUGAACCAUGUUAUAGUCUUUUGUGGUACAAGCAGCCCAGCAGUGGGGCAAUGAUUCUCCUUAUUCGUCAGGAUUCUUACAACCUGCAAAAUGCCACUGAAGGUCGCUACUCACUGAAUUUUCAGAAGACAAGAAAUUUCAUUCAACUUGUUAUCUCAGCUUCACAGCUGGAGGACUCUGCAGUGUAUUUCUGUGCACUGUGGGAGUCCAUAGUGAGAGGCAUGAUGGAAGGAGGUAUACCCAUCAACAGGGCUCUUGUUGCUGCUUCUUCCUGCAGUAGGGCCCAAGGGGGGCAAUUGCCAUCCCAGACAGGAAGUGGCACAGGUGUAGGCUUAGAGGGAGAACCUCAUUUUAAGAAAACACCACUCUGGAUAAGAGUUAUCAUUCUUCAAACACUUCCUAAUCCCUGAAAAGUUGUGCUAAAAUUAUUUUUUGGAGACUAGAGUAACCAUAAUAAAUAAUUUGCCAUUUUGCAGUUAGAUUCAGCCAGAGAAUUGGCUAA